AGCAGAUGGAGAAGCCUCCCGAGCACACAGAAAAGGAGACAAAACUCCCUGUCAGGCUCCGAAGAGACACAAAGGGCCCUUGGAACACAGCCCGGGCUGCUCAGCCCCCACCUGGCCGGGGGGCUUCCACAUGAAAGAGAGGGCCAGAUGGGCCGGGGCGAGCCGGCCAGCGCGGCAAAGCCUUUGUCUGCGCAAAGCCGCUUUCCGCUCUUUGUCUGGGAGGGAAGCCAGCUGAGGGGGCGGAGGGGAGAGGGAGAAGGGCUGCAUCAUUGCCUGGGUAGGAUUAGCUGAUGACCUCCUCCUCCAAUCCAGCUCCUCUGACAUCACUGCUAGAAACCGGAGCCAGCCUGGCUCAACUGCGCACAUCUGGUGGCUGCGAGGAGCAGUGCAGGCUGAGGGAUGCAUUCAAAGCAAGGGGACCCCCGCCCUCCGGUUCCAGGGGUGGCCGGGCUAGUCUGCACACAGCCAGCAGUCGCAGCACCUCCCAGACUAAGAGCACGGCGCUGGCGCCAUCGGGAGCAUGGCUGUGCCACCCGACGACGGUUGGUUUAACCUCCCAAGGAAUACCUGGGCUGCCCAAGCUACGGGUCCUCGGGCCGCCCCGGAAAGGCCCAGGGCCAAGGAACCCCAGCGCAGAGCAAAGCCCAGCAAGGAGCCGGCUCGGGCUGUUCACGAUCAGCCUUCCAAGCAACGGCCCUGCUUGUCACACCACUGGCCAGGACUGCAGGAGCCCGCGGAGCCGGGUCACGGGCACCACGUCCCUGCACCUGCCCUGGCAUUCCAGCGGUGCGGGGAGCCGCGCUCCGGGCACUCAGGAGCCCACAGCUCCGGCGUGGGGGCUGCAGACUGCAUGUCGCAGGCGGGAGCUGCUCAGGAACGAGGCCGGAACACGCGGACCUGGCUCAAGGACCUCUCCCAGCCCAGCCUCCCACCUCACACCGUGCCCCGCACCUCGGGCGGCCACCCCACAGGCACAAGGAGCACUGCGCAGCCAGCUGUGGGUCUGGCUUUGUGGUGGGACGAGCAGGGCGCUGGGCUGGGCUGGCCUGAGUGCCACGCCGGGGCCUGGCUUCCCGCGCUGCCAGGUAGGAGCAUCCCGGCGAGAGCCCCACAGCUGGCACGAGACGCAAGGCCUCUCGGCGAGGGCUCGCUUGCUUACGGGGGAAGAGUCUCAGCCCAGGCGGGCCUGGCCAGGGAGCACAGGGCACUAAGGCCGGCACCGCCCGGGGCCCCAGCAGCAGAGUGCAGCGUGCAGGGCUGACAAGCAGACCAGGAACACGCCCCUUGCCCGCUGUCCUAAGCCACCGGUUCCGCCGAACCAGGCUCAUUUCCAGCAGCCCCACACCUGAGGCUUGAAAGAACAGCAGAACCUGCUGGGAACUCACCCGUCAGCCUCGGCGGGAA